AUGAGCGUGAGCGGUCCUUCAGUUCCCCACGAAGGUAGACACAUCCUUUUUGCCGUUGAUGCGUCAGAAAAUGCCAAAAAUGCCUUCCACUGGUAUCUCAAAUACUCACGACUUCCUGACGAUUUUGUUUUCUUUUUCCAUGUUUUUGAAUCGCCUUCCCUUCCAGCCAUCUCUCUGACCAAUCCCGGUUCCAUACCUAUCGAAGAAUGGAGCAAGAUUCUCAUGGCUCGGGUAGACAGUGCCAAGCACAUGGAAGAUGACUACAUUUCUGAGGCUCGAGCUGUUCAUCUUAAUUCCAAAUUCUUGAGCCAGCCUGCAGCGAAGAUCGGAGAUGCAAUCAUAAAACAGGCCGAAAAGAUUGGUGCUCAUAUGAUCAUCAUGGGAACCCGUGGUCUCGGCGCUGUUCGUCGUACUCUGCUGGGUAGCGUUAGUGAUUAUGUUGUUCACGAGUCACCGAUUGCCGUUACUGUCGUUCCAACACUUUGA